AUGUCAACCUCAAGCGGAACUUUAAUCGUGCGUCCAAUUUGUGCCAAGCUAACCCACGAUACAGAAACAUUCGGAAAGAUGGAUCCAUACUGUGUUGUCACUAUAGGUGGCCAAAAGCACCGAACUGUUGUAGCUCACAGUGCUGGAAAAUAUCCAAAUUGGCAGGACCAAUUAGUUUUCACUAAAUCAAGUGAAGACAUUAUUUCUUUCGAAGUAUGGGAUAAAGACACAGCAUCAGCUGAUGAUUUAAUCGGAGAAGCUUCACUAGCAAUUGCAACAAUUCUGGCAAAGCCAAAUUAUGAAGAAUGGGUUCCAUUAACCUAUAAAGGAAGAAAAGCUGGAGAAAUUAGAGUUAAUAUAACUUUUCAGCCAAGCGCUCCUGUCCCUACUGUCCAUGGAAUACCUGCUAAUAUGGUUAACAUGGGCGGAUAUCAGUAUGCUCCAAUGUAUCCAGUACCUGGACAGGCUCCUUAUCCAUACCCCUAUCCAUAUCCUCCACAAAGCUAUGCACAACCUCCUCCGUAUCCUCAAUCGAUGUACCCAACAUUAAACCCAAAUCAACAACCCCAACCAUACUAUCCUCCUCAGCCAGGUUAUCCUCCACAGCAAGGAUAUCCUCCAAAUGCUCAAAGACCACCUCAGCCUUAUGGCUCAAUCCCUCCUCCAGUGUCCCAACCUGGAUAUCUCCCAUCUAACAUUCAACCUAGUUCAGCUCCUCAUAACGCACCUCCAUCCUACCCUCCUCAGAACCCUCCUCCAAGUUAUCCUCCUCAAAAUAUGCCACAAGGCCAGCAAGGAUUUUAUCCUUAUGCUCCGAAAUAA